CGCGGCCGCGACAUGGCGGCGGGGCGGGCGCUGCUGCUGCCGCUGCUGCUGCUGCCGCUGCUGCCGGAGCCGGCGGGCGCCGUGUGGCCCCAGCCGCAAGCCCAGCGCUCCGAACCGGGCGGCGGCCGCUGCCUGCUGCCUCCCCGCCGGUUCCGCUUCGCCUACGGCGCCGGCUCGGCGGUAGGCCCGGGCUGCGCCGUGCUGGACUCUGCCUUCCAGCGCUACUGGGCGCUGCUGUUCGCUGCCGCCCGCCCGACCGACGAUGAGCCUCCCUGGGGAACACCCUGCACUCAGCUCCUCGUCUCUGUUGCUGCACCAGGCUGUGAUGGGUUUCCCAGCCUGGACUCCAAGGAGAGCUAUGAGCUCUCUGUCUCGGAAGGCUCCUUGCUGCUCUCUGCGGACACCAUCUGGGGAGCUCUCAGAGGCCUGGAAACCUUCAGCCAGCUCGUUGGGAGGGAUGAGAACGGCACGUACUACAUCAACCAGACAGAGAUUGUGGACUUCCCCCGUUUCCCUCACCGGGGGCUGCUGCUGGACACCUCUCGUCACUACCUGCCUCUGAGAGCCAUCCUGGAAACUCUGGAUGUCAUGGCUUACAACAAGCUGAACGUGUUCCACUGGCACAUCGUGGAUGACCCGUCCUUCCCUUACGAGAGCCUGACCUUCCCGGAGCUCAGCAGACAGGGAGCCUUUAACGCCAUGAGCCACGUGUACAGCGCCAGCGACGUGCAGGCGGUGCUGGAGCACGCCCGGCUGCGGGGCAUCAGAGUCAUCGCCGAGUUCGACACCCCCGGGCACACCCUCUCCUGGGGCCCGGGUGCUCCAGGCCUCCUGACUCCCUGCUAUUUGGGCAAGAGUCCGUCUGGGACCUAUGGGCCCAUCAACCCCAUCCUGAACAGCACCUAUGAGUUUGUGAGCAGCUUGUUUAAAGAGGUCAGCGCAGUGUUCCCAGACUUCUUUCUUCACCUUGGUGGUGAUGAGGUGGACUUCACGUGCUGGAAAUCCAAUCCAAAAAUUGGUGCCUUCAUGAAGGAGAUGGGCUUUGGGCAAGACUACAGGAAACUGGAGUCAUUCUACAUCCAGAGGCUUCUGGACAUUGUCUCUUCCAUUGGCAAAGGUUCCAUAGUGUGGCAGGAGGUGUUUGACAACGAGGUGAAGCUGAGGCCAGACACCAUCAUCCACGUGUGGAAGGAGAGCUCGCCGCCGUACAUGGAGGAGAUGGCCAAUGUCACCAGGGCAGGCUACCCCGCGCUGCUCUCCGCCCCCUGGUACCUCAACCGCAUCUCCUACGGGCAGGACUGGAUGGCAGCCUACCAGGUGGAGCCCUUGAAGUUCAAAGGCAGCCCUGAGCAGAAGGAUCGUGUGAUCGGCGGAGAGGCCUGCAUGUGGGGAGAGUAUGUGGACGUCACUAACCUCACGCCCAGGCUUUGGCCGAGAGCCGGGGCCGUAGCCGAGAGGCUGUGGAGCAACGCGACCGUCAGGGACCUGCGGGACGCCUACGCGCGGCUGGCCGACUUCCGCUGCAAGCUCCUCGGGCGUGGUAUCCAGGCACAGCCUCUCUACACAGGAUACUGUGAACACGAAUUUGAUAGGUUCUGAGAGGAGGCCUCUGCUGCCCCUGGGCACUGUGCGUGUGAGAGGAACCCUUCCACGCUAUCCAGAGCUGCUGGCCUGCCAGAGGGACCCUUCCCACCCCCUGCUCUUGCUCUGGUGUGAUCAACUUUUUUCUCCCCAUCGUCUGCACUCUUCACCUCCUUUUCUACUUGUAUUUCUUUUGAUGUCCAAAUAAGUGAGCCCGAAGAGGAGGAAGGUGCCUUUGCCUGCUCAGCUGGGGCUUGGGAGGCUGUGCAAGGCUUAUUGUGAGCUGGAGAUGGGUAGGGCUCGCUCCAGUGACCCUCUUAGAGGAACACCUGCCUGCAUAGCAUCCUUUGGCUCUGGCCUCUGCUGCUGUCUCAAAAUCUGUCUCUGCAGGGAGGAGAUGAUGAGAAGCUGUGGGUGCUCCUCCAGUGUUUCCACCUUGACUUCUCGCUGUCCACACCUGACUUGUGCCAGGAUGCUACUCUCUGCUGGUCUUAGUUUCACUUCUGGAGCCUUUCAUGCAGCAGCCUGGGUCACCCUUGUGGUAGUCUUGUCCUUGUCUCUGUCUCCCCUCUCUCACCUGCAAGCUAUCAUCUCACCUGCCCCAAACCUUGUCUGCUGCCACCUCCUCCUCUGGAUUCUCCAGCAAAGAAGAAGUGCUGAAGCCUCUCCAAGGAGACUCCAAGCCCGUUGAGCUGAGCAGUAUGUGGAUGUUAAGGAGUCACUGCUCAGCUCUUCCAUCAGCUUUCACCUCUGCUCAGGAUUUGGCCAACUGAUCCAUCUUCCUCCUGCUCUGCUGUCUUGGGGUGGGGAGCUCCAGGCCUCCUACCUCCAGAAGGGUUGGGUUUGGAUAGACCUUUCCUUAGAGGAGAGACUGGUGGUCUUGUCCAUGGACUGGCAGGGUUGCUGUAUUGUCCAGCUUGGACAAGGGAUCUCUUAAGGAGAAAUCCUGGUUGGUGGCACCACUGUUUGGGUCUUAGGUUUUAAAUGAGUCAGAGCUGCUGCUGAAGCUGGAAACCUUCCUACUGAACUUGAAAUUAAAGGUACAGAAUUAAUUUGGAAUUAAAAA